AUGGAACACCAAGCUGGACGCUACACUGGUGCCCUCGGAUUUGAGAAGAGUCCAUUGGAGCAUGCUAUGUACAAACGAGGUGAUGGGAAGGAACGGCUCCUAGUUGGAGUAUAUGUUGAUAAUCUGUUGAUCACGGGUGCAGAUGAGAGGGAGGUUGCAAGAUUCAAGAAGCAGAUGUUAGAUCUUUUCAAGAUGAGUGACCUUGGUUUGUUGAGCUACUACCUUGGGAUAGAAGUAUGUCAGCGAGGAGACUCAAUAACUUUGUGUCAAGAAGCUUAUGCAAGGAAAAUCCUUGAGAAGUGCGGCAUGGAAGAGUGCAAUGCUACCUCAGCACCGAUGGAAGCAAGGCAUAAAUUGAGCAAACACAGCGAAACAGAUCCUGUUGAUAGUACCGAAUAUAGAAGUAUUGCGAGAAGUCUGAAAUACUUGGUGAAUACAAGGUCAGAUUUGUCAUACUCAGUUGGGAUCGUUAGUCGAUUCAUGGAGAACCCCACAACAGAACACUUUGCAGCGGUGAAGAUGAUUUUGCGGUAUAUCAAAGGAAUCCUGAAUUAUGGGUGUGUUUACUCAAAGAAGAAAGAGGAGAAGACACAACUAGUCGGGUACAGUGACAGUGAUAUGGCCGGCGACGUUGAUGACCGUAAAAGUACUUCGGGCAUGGCGUUUUUCCUAGGUGGAAAUAUUGUGAGCUGGAUGUCACAGAAGCAGAAGGUUGUGGCUCUAUCCUCGUGUGAAGCUGAAUACAUUGCAUCAGCUACCGCAGCAUGCCAGGGAGUGUGGCUAGAGCGAUUGCUUGCUGAUCUACUAAACCGAGAACCAGAAAAGUUUGAGUUGAAGAUUGACAACAAGUCCACUAUAUCUCUGUGUAAGAAUCCGGUAUUUCAUGAUAGAAGUAAACAUAUCGACACCCGAUUUCAUUACAUCCGAGGAUGCGUGGAAGAAAGCAAGCUUGAUGUUGAUUAUAUCAGUACAGAUGAGCAGUUGGCCGACAUAUUGACGAAGUCUCUUGGAAGAGUGAAAUUUCAAGAGACGAGGAAGAAGAUCGGCGUCGACGUUAUCAAGUAG